CCAAACAGACCCUGUUGCUCUGCUGUUGUUGAGCUAGAUAGCAUUUUUAAACAUCCAGUGAGAUUUCCAGAAUUAUUCCAAACUACCUACUUCCAUUUCCACGCUAUAAAGUCCAGUUUCAGUUUCAGGGGAUCCCCUUGUUUUCCUUUUGUGGUCCUGUUUCAGGCUCUGUGUCUAAACUAGUAAAAUUUCCCAGUUUGCAGGCGGCGCUGCAAUGACAGUUUCCAUAGAAUUACGGCGGCGAUACGGUGGAGUCAGGGCGGCGAUUUUCCUCUUCUGGGUCAUCUUAAUUUUCGCUGAGUUAAGUUUACAUGAAGAAAAACACCAUCACUACACUUUGCCAAGAAAAGCCCGCGGGUUUCUCAUUAACAGUGUCUCGUUCCAUGCACCACCGCCAACCCCGCCGGAGCCACCAGAGGCCGCAGACGCUCCGAAUACCCUUUACGACGAUGACAAGCGGGUAAUUCACACAGGUCCAAAUCCUCUUCACAACUAGGAGUUUCUUUUGUUUUAUUUUUUUUAGAUAAUAUAAGUAUCAAGGCUUUGCUUCGACUAAUCUACAGCUACUUGCAAACCACUCUGUCCACAUGGUUCAUAUUUCCUAUCUUUUUUUUUUUUUUUUUUCUUUUUUAUAAGUGUAGAUUUAAUUUAAUGCAUGAGAGGAGCAUUGGCUUUAGCCUUUUCAGCAUAGCUUUAGGAAUGAAAAGAUAUUGUGAAG